GAUGCGUGCUCCUUCAUCAUAUACAUCCAAGUCUUUGCUUAUUCUUGAGCGAUGGCCCGCCAUUCUUCGCUGUUGGCGUCGCCCUCGCCCUCAAAUAUUGUACCAACAAAUGUUACCAUAGGACAUGUGCAGUUGCGAGAUCUCAUAAUCUGCCCUAGGGAAAGAGGCAUUGUCAAUUAUGUGCAGGGACUUUCCAUCGUUGAGCAUGAUUUGAAUGUUCCAGGUUCGGCGCCUCGUAGCAUUGCCGAUCUCUCAUUUAAUCCGAAUACCAUCACUUCUCUACAGAUUUCGGGGAAGGAUGCGACAUUGCUUGCUGCAGGUGGUCAGGACGCUGAGAUUCAUCUGUCCCUCCAUGCCUCAUCCUCGCCAUCUCAAAGCAGACACAGACAGCGCUCUCGAAACCUAUUGUGGAAUUAUUAUCGCCAACUACCUGGUUCAAUCAAUAAUUCAGUGCUCCUCACCUCACUCAGUCUAUCCAGAUCACACGAAAGCAGUGUGGAGCCAAGGCUGGUAGUCAGCAACAACGAUUGCUCUGUAAAAUUUUACGACAUCCCCAUGAGCGGUCAGACCUCCCCAAAAGACAUAUAUCAAGUCGGUCAGCUAUUAUUAGAUGUGCCAGUAAAUCACUCUUCAAUAUCACCCGAUGGUAGAACUCUACUUUCGGUUGGAGACUCACCACAGAUAUAUCUCCACCAGCUUAAUGGUGGAUCACGUAUCAAAUUUACUCCCAUCAUGUCGCUUUCUGUUCCUCCUCCUGAUGUCAAUCUGCACUCAUCCUCCGCACUAGCCGCAUCGUUCUCGACAGCAUUCUCAGGUGAUGGGAUGAAAUUUGCUGUAGCCUCACAGGAAGGAGUUGUUGCGGUAUGGGACGUGCGGAGUAGCAAGCCUCUCAAAGUUCUACAAACGGAUAAGUCUCGAUUGUCUAGUGGAUUAUUAGGUAAUGGAAGUGCGGGCGGCUGGUUGAGUGACGAUCCAUCGGAUUGGACAAGGGGAGGGUCGCGGGCGCCUGGGUGGGGUGUGAGAAGUGUCAAGUUUGGAUCUGGAGGCUUAAAUGGUCAACGUGGUCGCGAGUUGAUGACCUUUACAGAGCACACGUGUUUCCUCCACGUUGUCGAUGCUCUCACCUUUGAAACUGAAGAAGUAAUCCAUGUACCUGGCAUUCCUGGCCGCCGGAAUACUCUUCAUUCGCCCGCGGUUCAGCCGCCAAUCGUCAUUCAGCCUCCACCGACAUCGCCGCCGAGGCAAGCAUCUGAUUGGACUCGGGCGGUUGUGUCACUUGAGGAGGCUUUUCGUGUCUCUACUGCAGGUAGCCCUAGUCGUGUAUCAUCUUCUAGAUGGCGCGCUGCACAGCAUUCAAUGAGGCGGAAUGAUGAUGAUUCAGAUAGCGUCGUGAUUAUACCGCCGUUAGGUGAUGUUGUGGCCGAGAACGAUGUGAGAAGCUUGCUAACGCGCCAUGGGGUUCGGUCGCGACAUCCUAAUGGAUUUGCUGUGCGUCCACCGCCACCGUUGUCAGGAGGCCAUAGUGGCGGUGGUGAUCAUGAGAUAUAUGGUGACUAUCAUACGGAUUAUGAUGAUAACCGUGACCGGGAGGCCGGUGACUUAGAAAUGGAAGUGGAUGAACUCGAGUCGGACUGCCUUUCGUCGCACACACCUUCGAGGUCUUCGUCACCAUCUCCUUCUGUACAUCUUCCCAUGCAAACUUCUCCAAUACCUGUGUCUUCACCCUCACGUAUAGCCCCAACACCACACCAUCACCGACAUCAUGGUCGGUCACGUCGUCGAACGAUAACACGGGAUGACUUUGUUGAACGGCAAGACUACGAUUUGGAUCUUGCCGGGACGUGUUUUGACCCAUCUGGGGGAUAUAUCUAUGUUGCAGGUGUGGAUAGCAUAUCUGAGUGGGCUGUGAGAGGGGCGGACAAGCGAUGGUGGUGCGAAUCUGCGUGGAUGUAACGGACGAGACUGGUUUAUAAAGAGAUUCUCCAUAUUAUCCCUUUCCUUGUGUUCUGGUAUUUCUACUGGAGGAGCAGGCUUCAUUACUGUAUCUGCAUGCAUUUGCUGUUCACCUUGUGUCUGUACUAAUAUUUGGGUGCGAUAAUGUUGUUAUUCUCGACUCAUGUACAUGUUGCUGUAGCACCAACCACUGUUUAACCGAU